AUGAACAGGUGGUUGCACCACACGUCGCCAGUGGUUCGAUUGAUGAGAAGCGUCUCUGGUCAACUAACUCAAUUGCAACCAUGGACGAAGUCUAUACUUGUCGGAGCGGCUGGAUUCCGAAACCGCGACGAAUACUACACUGCCUGCGAAUCGUUGCCACAUCUCCACAAAAUUCGAAUGCCAAUGAUUUUCCUGUUCGCCAAAGACGACCCUAUAAUCCCGAAAUGUCUGUGGGAACCAGUGAAGGAAUUUGCUUCUACUACUGAAGAUAUGGCCUUCAUCAUGACCAAGCAUGGCGGUCAUCUGGGUUUUAUUGAAGGCGGAUUUUUCUUACCAAAUCCGUCUCAUGGGUCAACCGAUUCAUUGUGGCCGUGGCUGAUCAAGCCGUGA